AUGAGAUCGCAUGUGGUAGAAUUUAGAAAAACUCAGUUGAACGAAUUUCUUAAAAGUUCUGGCUUAGCUCCAGUUCGUAAGGUAGACAUGGGAUCACCAACAGCAGCAGAAAGAACAAGAAGACGAAACAUAGUUGAAGCAUGCAAAGUUAUGGUUGCUGUUUUGCGAGUACUGUCACCAAAUUAUCCCUAUGAACUGUGGCUAAACGUAAAGGACUCUAACGACAUGUGUGAAGCGUUAGAAGCACGUAAAGAGGUUGCCUUAAGAGAAGAUGACGUGAAGUAUCUGCGAGCGCUUUCUGAAUCAUACAAUAACGCCACAAGUGCAAAUGUUAAACUGCAAAUUCUUUCUAUAAUGGCGGAUAUCACCACGUUGCAAGAAAUACGCAAUUACAUUCCAGGCCUAACAAAAUAUAUGUUUUGUCAAGCAAGACAACAUAUUUUAGUUUCUGGGCGAGGAGCUCCUGUAAUUGCAAAACAAAGCCCGAGAUGGAGAAUCGAUCUUAACCAGUUGGAUCACUUCUUGGAUUUUAUUACCAGUCCCUACAUCGUGCAGGAUUUACCAUUCGGUGAACGGUUUCUGAAAUUGUCGACUGGAGAAGUAGUGCAGACACCGAAUGUUAUCAGAGUAUCGGUCAGCGGACACAUCAUUGACCAAUACGUACAGUAUUGCAACGAAACAGAGGUGAAACCUCUAAGCAACAGCACAUUACGAUGCAUUUUAUCCUCCUGUCAGGCAUCUACGCGAAAGUCCUUACAAGGUCUCGAUUACUUUGUUUGUGAGGGUAGCAAGGCCUUUGAUGACUUGGAACAACUCAUUGGGAACCUUGUUGACAGUGGGUUUGACGCACGUACAGCGCAAAACCUACAGAUGAAGUUAAAGGAGGGAAAGAAUUACGUUAAAACGGAUUUCAAA